AUGAAGCAACCUUUCAGUAUGCAACCUUGGGACUCAUCUCCAGAGAUUGUCAAGAAGCUUUUUAAGGCUGCUGGUGUUGAAUUCCCACCUCGAGAAGAGAGCAGUGUACCAUUCUUUACUCCACCCCAGACCCAGCCAAUAAUUUCUCCUGUUACUGAAUACAAUGAUGUUGCUAUUGAGGCCUCUUUACAGUCUGAUGCUUCAGGCCUCAGUAGCUUCAUUGGAUUUCAAAUUGGAAGGAACUUUAUUUGCAGCAGUUUGCAAGAGGUACCUCUCUAUUAUGAUGGGAUUGGGGGCAUACGUUUGUCAUUAAAACUUUCUGACUCUAGCCAAACACCUAUAGAGUUGUUAUUUCACUAA